GUCGCACACGCGCCAGUACCUCACAGAGUUACGUAGCAGUCAAUGACAAACUUUUCCCAAAUAUGCGACAUAAAUCGAUUUUUAUUUUAAUCAUAGCCAUUACUCUAGUGUUUAUGAUUUUGAGCAUUGACGAAGCAGAGGGAAAAAAGAUUCAAAGGACGGGCCGAAAACAUUCUGCUAACAGACGCAUCAUUCCUGCAGUUCCAGUGUCUAGAGCAAAGAAGAGCAGAAGAUUAAGUGUAGUGAAGUGCUGCGGAACGUUUUCAUGCACAAAUGGACAUAAAUCUACGGCAAAGGGUUCCUCAAAAACUAAAGCAAACGAAACAAUAAUAACAGAUGGAGACGUCGUCGAAAAUGAAGCAGUGGAAAACCCAAACCCGGAAGUGACUGACAAGCCAGCACUCGAAUCAAAUGCAGAAGAAUCAAGCACGGCAGCUGAAACCGCGGCACCGCAGCCAGGAGCGGAAACCUCAGAGAUGCCAGCGGCGACAGAAGCUACGCCUGAAGUUUCGUCUGAUGGUAAUGGAGUGGCUGAGGCGACCACAGAGCAGGAAACGAGUGGAAGUACGAUUGGAAGCACUAUUGUAAAUACGGUUGGAAGUGAGGUGGCGACAUCAACAACAACACCAACGACUGAAAAAGCGAGUUCCUUGUCAGACGCCAUGUCCAGCACCUCAACAUCAAAAAUUUUGACUACUACAACCACUGCAACAACGGUUGAAGAAAACCCGCCGAUAUGCAACACUUCCUUCCAAAGAGAUCCUGCUGCUUUUGGGAACGCGGGAACAGUGAAUGAACCAGAAAAGUACGGGUUUUGGGAGCAGGCGUGUGACCAACAGUUUGUUUUUGGAAAAUCUCUUGUGACUUGGGAGGAAAAUUUCAUUAGGUGCUACAAAAUAGGAAUGGAACCGUUGACACUAGAAAGUAUUGCUAAACAAGAAUGCUUCACUCAGUUGGCUUCAGUGUGGAAAUAUGGCUCAAACUAUUGGACCGCCGGAUACAGCAAAGGUGCAGAUUUUUCAUGGUGUGCUAAAAACGGUUCGGUUUUGGUGGAUAAGGCAAAAGUUCCGUGGGCCUCUGCCCAACCAGACAACGCUAACGGUGGCGAAUUCUGUCUCAGUUUGAGUGUAGUGAAAGCGAACGCUUCGUUGCAAGUCUCUGACCAAAGCUGCUCCUCUUUAUAUCUAUUUGCAUGCCAGGGCACGCCAACUCCAGCUCCUGCGUGCUCGGCGCCUGUUUGUCCAAAUUUUACUUGCACCAAAAAUCCCUCUCUUUACACAAGUGAUUCAAAUUCAAAGCAAUAUUUAGCUGAUCCAUCUUAUCACGGAAUUUGGUUCAAUAACAAGGGGCGAAAAUAUCUUUUCAGCUACGCAAAUAAUACUCGGACUUACCUUGGAGCAAUUCAGGCUUGUUGUGCAAUUGGAAUGAAUCUGCUCAGUCUGGAAUACGACUACAAAUACCAAUCGAUACUCGCGGCUGUCAAAAAUAAAAUGGUUACGCCAGACACUUUUUGGACCUCGGGCACAAAUCGCGGUUGCCAGUCUACCUUUGGUUACUGCACAGCGAAGCGUUUAGUACGGAAAGAGGCAAUCUGGGCAAGGGGUGAACCAAAUAAUUACGGAGGCGUUGAAAACAGCAUAGGAGUUGUUUUAAACACCUUCAACGGUGCCCAGCUGAAAGAUUUGAACGAAAACACCACGUUUAGGUUCAUUUGCGAGGUUCGAGAAUCUGCAAAUGCUACCUCUGGGGGAGGUCCUAUUCGAGAUGAAUGCUCGUCUGCUUAUAACGUUACUCAAAACGAAAUUGAUAAUUUGUUAUCUAAUACAAGCAACUUUGAUAUUAGAAUUAAGUGCUUCUUAAGGUGUCUAGGGGACAACGCUGGCUUGAUGGUUAAUGGCAAAUUUGUUGAAAAUGAUGUUCUGGUCAUUCUGGAGAAUAUGGCGGCUGGAAACACAAACGAGUUGCAAAAAAACAUGAACAUUAUGGACGAGUGCUCGAAUUCUACAGCCGGAAUGGACGAGUGCGACAAAGCGGCACAAAUGAUCAAGUGCAGCAACGAUAAAGCGCCAGACGUGUUGAACGGCGUCAUCGCGGCCGUGGACAAUUCGACCCCAGUCGUCAAGUCCGAAAACUUCCCGCAGGCACAAUGUCCCGACCCAAACAGUUGCGCCGUUAAUACUAAUUUACAGCAACAAUACCAGAAUUGCACGACUAAUGCUUCCAUUACCAAUGGAUAUGUUCGAUUUCUCUGUGGUAAAAAAUACCUCAACUACGGUGUAUUUGUUAAUUUUACUGAAGCAUUUAGAAUUUGCUGCAUUUAUGGACUAAAAUUGGCAUCUAUUGAUAGUGUGGAUGAACUGAAUUGUCUUUCGCAACUAAGCACUCCUGUUUCUGUGACGUCGUCUUGGGUGGCCGCGAGCAAGAUCGGCAGCCCUUUCAACCCGCGCUGGUGCACUUCAAACGUGCAGUUUACUUUUGAAGGCUACGCAGCUGUAUAUGAUGCACCUGAUCCCGCUAAGGAAGCUUAUGCAAUAAUUCCUACCAGUAAGAACAUCCAGUCUUUUAAUCUGAGCAUGAACCGAUAUGCACUUUGUGUAUGA